AUGAAUCACAAACGGGUCCGCCUGGACAGCAACGAUCCAACAGGGCGACCUACCGCGAUUACCGGGCUCAGGCACGACGGUCAGCUCUGGUACGAAGACGGGAAUGUUAUCCUAGUUGCGAGCGGUAUCGGCUUCCGCGUUAUUCAGCAGCUCUUCUGCGUCCCCCAGCCGCCUGACAGCCAGCUCAUUGACGGCUGCCCGGUCGUCCAUCUUUCCGACACUGCCAUUGCCUUGCAGGAGCUCUUACUUGUUCUGCUGCGCGGCAAAAGAUACAGCGAGCAGGAUGAUCCUGAACUGGAUUUCCUUUCAUAUCGGAUCCGCCUGGCCCACAAGUAUGGCGUUGAAGACAUCCUGGAAGAAUCCGUGCAGGCGUUAGAAGAGCUCUACCCCACCAGCCUUGCUUCAUGGGACCAAGUACGCUAUGAGCGCGGCUUCACGUCCCGGACCAUAACUGCCGUCAACUUGGCACGUCUCACCAACACAUGCUCAGUCCUGCCCACGGCACUCUACGCAUGUUGCCAGCUACCUGUGCGAGUCCUGUUCAACGGUGCGGUUCACGCCGACGGCACGAUCGACACGCUGAGCCCGGGUGAUAUGAUCACAUGCAUGGAAGCAAAAGUAUUAUUUACCCGAAAGCAUAUGGAGAACACCGUCGAGGCAUUCUUCCUCGCAAGGCAAUUGGCCCUCGCGUAUACAACGAUGACGCACACCGAAGCAGGGCUCCUUGAAGUCUGGGACAGCUUCUUGGAGGCAUGUCGCAGGCGUGGCGGUCUUGCCAAUGGUACUCCCGGAUCGCCUAGAUUGUGCAAUGACGGUGUGCGAGAUGUCCGCAGACACCUGCGGCACCAUCGGGUUGCAAUGUGGAAUGCUCUACCGCAGGUCAUGGGUAUCGAGGUCGAGACUUGGGUGCUUGCGGGUCUAGACUCAGACAGUGACAGUGAUAGUAGUGAUUCGGAUUCAGACCUGGACUAG